GGACUAGAGCCAGGAAUGAGACAGAGACGUAAGACAGGCCAGGUUCGGUGCCCGAGUGGACUCAGUGUCACCUCAGACAAGGCUUGUGUGCUAGUCCAGACACCCUCCCACACCACAUGAUGACUGACCCGGAGGUGGAACCGCAUCCGUGGUAACGAUGUGAAAGGCAGUAGCGUCUUUAAUAGACACAACUAGCAUAAAACUGCAUGCAGCUCAAAAUCAGUAUCAGCAUCCUCCAACUUGGAUAUUUUAACAAGGCUGUUCUUUACUGGGAAAAAGAAUUUCAAAUUUGUUUCAUUUCAUGUGAAUAUUAAAUCUUGAUACCAAUUUGCAAAAAGUCUGUAAAAUCAUAUAUUACUAUGAUUUUAUUAUUAAACAGUUUUGGCCCCUUUCUCACACAAUAACAUUUUUCAUAUAUACUGCCUUUCAUGCUCUUACUUUGGACACAUGUAGAUCUUAUAUUAUAUACAUAUGUUUCUAUUAUGAAGUACUAAGGAACUAUUAAAAUUUUUGUUAGGAAAUUCUACCACAUUUAGUUUUUUAAAGUUUUGUACAGAUCUUCUGCAAAUUUCUGCCUUGGCCUUGGAGGUUUAUGUAGUUUGUUUGGGGAUUUGCUUGUCCAGUCUGAUCUUGUAAAUGGUAGGUAGUUGUAAAAAUGACACCUAAUUCAUCUUGAGAUUCUAAAGUUGUGUAUUUUAUCAUUUUGUUUAAGCAUAUGGUCUUAGGAAAUUAUAAAUCAAUUCCCACUAGUUACAUUGGUCUCCUCUCACAUCUGUAUAGCCAACCAUUACAGAACACUGUAAGAUCAAUUAAUAGUUGUCAUACAUGGCAUGUCAUAAUGAAUAAUAACUUGAUGUAAGAUACUCAAAAUCAUUAUGCACAAAACCUGUGGAAAUUAGCCACUUUCCUGUAAUUUACAGCGUGUAGCUCAACUACAAGACCACUAUAAGCCUAGGCUACCAAUACAGAAAUUAUGUAACUAUGAGUAAUAAGUUUACCCUUUUGAAUUAUGCGUUAAAAUACAUUUUCUUUGCUGUCAACGCUGUAUUAUUAUUAUUGUAUUAAAAUAGAAAAUCACAAUCAACCCAAAUUAAAAGGGCAGAAACCCACGAAAUAGCUGAUUAAUUAAACAUUAGUUUAGGCUGAUACGUGUUGAAUGACUAAAUGGUCUUUAUACAAUUUUGAAGUUUUAGGAACUCGUCUAUUGACUCUGUCAUUUUAUUUGAAUGUUUUAAUUGUCGUUCCUUUGUUAACGAUGCUGUGUUACCUUUUUAAAGUUUAUUAAUAGCCUACACAUGCAAUCAUUCGUUUCAAGUGGAAUAAGAUGUUGUAAAGUUGUUGUUUUUUAUGGUUCGCGUGCAUACUUUCGAAGUUGAGUCGCCUCCUUUAAAUUCAGUUUACUCAGAGCUCACCGACUUCCAUCGCUAAAAUUCUAAUCGGGCUGUUACGGAACUGAUAACUCUGGGUAUACCGGGUCGAGUUGGGUCAACGCAGAGCUCAAGGUUAAGUUUAAGGUUUCUUGAACCCAGUUUUUGGAAUACCACCUUCUUCUGGACCGAUAACUCCUGAGCACGCCGGGUCGAGUUAGGUCCAACUCAAAGGCGAAGACUGGCCACGCUUGAUGCUUGUUUAACCCGCUUUUUCGGAACAGCUCGACUGGACUCUGGACUCGAGCUGCGCCCCGGGUAUCGGUGCAGCCCGGGCACACCCGUGAUGUCUCCUUCAGGCCGUGGAGCGUACGCACGCCUGCUCGCGGUGUAAUUCAAGCGCUGAACUUUGGAAGGUACACGCCCGACCCGAGCACGAGCUUCCUUUUCUCCCAGCGCACGCAUAGUUUCUGCAUGUUUUCGCUCGGGAACGUGCCAAGAUGUACUGCAUACGAGGGCAGCUGGAGAGAACGGAGUCGGAGGAAUUGCUUCGUAAUAUGCGAAGCAAGCAAGUUACAAAUUACAACUUGAGGCUUCUGGGCAUGGAAGGAGAUUCGGAUUUGCAGUUCCUCCUAAGCGGCGCGGACCUGUUGAAAGUUCGCUCCGGUUCAUGGAAGAAGACGCGGUUUUACAAGCUGCAGGAAGACUGCAAGACCAUGUGGCAUGAGUCCAAAAAGGCUCUGAGACCUCGACAAACAUUCUCCGUUGAGGACAUUGAGUGUGUGCGGUCCGGCCGGCAGACGGAGGGUCUCAGGAAGUACACAGAAGAGGCGCUGGAGACGCGGGCCUUCUCCAUCCUGUUCAAGGGUCGCCGUAAAAACCUGGACCUGGUCGCUGCCUCAGAGGAGGAAGCCAAGCACUGGGUCUCUGGCCUGCAAAAGAUCAUCUCCAACCUGAACAGCCUCAGCCAGCAGCAGAAGACCGAACACUGGAUCUUCAACUGUUUGCGCAAAGCCGACAUAAACGGUGACAACAAGAUGAGCCAGGAAGAGCUAAAGAACUUCCUAAAGAACAUCAACAUAGAGGUGGAUGAUGACUAUGUCAAGCUGAUAUUUGAGGUAUGUGAUAAGUCCCAUUGUGGUUUUCUGGAGUUAGAGGAAAUUAAGCAUUUUUACGAGAUCCUGACCCAGAGGGAAGAGAUCGAUGUGAUCUACGAAGAGUAUGCCAAGACCAACGGACUCAUGAGUGCUUUCAACCUGCUGGAGUUCCUGUCGAAAGAGCAGAAAGAGGAGGUGGACCUCGCUCAUGCUGUUCAGCUCAUCGAGAAAUACGAACUAGACGAAGCAGCCAGAGAAAAGCAGCUGAUGACAAAGGACGGUUUCCUAAUGUACCUACACCAGCCCGAGGGUCUGAUAAUGAAGCCAUCACAUAAGGGCGUGUACCAGGAUAUGACCCAGCCACUGAACCAUUACUUCAUCUCCUCGUCUCAUAACACCUACCUGCUGGAGGACCAGAUCAAAGGCCCCAGCAGUACUGAGGCCUACAUACGAGCCCUAAUGAAGAGCUGCCGAUGCUUGGAGCUGGACGUCUGGGAUGGUUCCGAUGGGGAGCCAGUCAUCUACCAUGGCUACACCCUCACCUCCAAGAUCCUCUUCAAAGAUGUCAUAAAAGCCAUCAAGGAGUAUGCCUUUAAGACAUCAAAUUAUCCAGUGAUCCUAUCCUUGGAGACCCACUGCAGUGUGGAUCAGCAGAAACUGAUGGCUCAGCACAUGACCACCAUUCUGGAGGAUGCCCUGAUCACUAAGCCGCUGGGCGAUCACAUGCCUAUGGAGUUGCCCUCUCCAGAGGAGCUGAAGGGUCGCUUUCUGGUUAAAGGGAAGCGUCUGAAUAGACUGGAGGCCUUGUUCUUGGAUGAGGACACAGAAGAGGAAGAAGUUGUGACGGAAGAAGAAGACAGCCGUGAUGAUGAUGACGAAGAAGAUGCUCAAAGGAAUUCAUCUAAAAAAUCAAAGACGCUGAAUCUAGCUAAAGAGCUGUCUGAUAUUGUCAUCUACUGCAAAAGUGUUAAAUUCCAUGGAUUUGAACAUGCACGAAACAACCAAUCGUUUUAUGAGAUAUCCUCUUUUAAAGAAGGGGAUGCCAUGAAGCUUGCAGAAAAGUCUGGUAAGAUGGAAACACUGGUAAGAUGCUUAGACAAUGGCCACCAGCACAUGAAUAAGACUCGAAUAAAACAGAAAGAAAAUGAAAGAACAAGGCUUAUUGUGUACACCACAUAUAGAGAUACAGCUUCAUUAUCUAUGAUUGUUCUAUUUUGUACAGCAAAUGAGUACAUCCUCCAUAAUGAGGGAAAGCUGAGUAGAAUCUACCCUUCAGGAUUCAGGACAGACUCUUCCAACUACAACCCAGUCCCUCUGUGGAAUGCAGGCUGCCAGAUAGUGGCCCUCAACUUCCAGACGCCGUGCACAGAGAUGGACCUGAACCAGGGCUUGUUUAGCCAGAAUGGGAUGUGUGGCUAUGUCCUGAAGCCAUUCUUCCUCAGACACCGGGAUUCGGAGUUCGACCCCAUCACUCUAAACAGGGGACCGUGGCUCAAGCAUACAGAGUUUCGUGUAAUGGUGAUCUCAGCUCAGCAGCUUCCUAAAGUGAACCCGAAGAUAUCGUCCAUUGUGGACCCCCUGGUUCGAGUGCAGAUCCACGGGGUGCCAGCGGACAUGGCUGAGAAAGAAACGGAUUACAUUGUGAACAACGGUUUCAACCCCAUGUGGAACAGUUAUUUCCAGUUUGACUUGUCCGUGCCCAAACUUGCGUUGGUGCGUUUUGUCGUGGAAGAUUAUGACGCCGUAUCCAGCAAUGAUUUCAUUGGCCAGUGCACGAUACCCUUCACAAGUGUACAGAACGGCUAUCGGCAUGUACCGCUGUUCAACAAGAACGGAGAUCUCCUCUCUUCAGCUGGACUUUUUGUUCACACAAUGGCUGUGGAUGCUGAAUAGCCAAGCUGUCCGAACCAAGUCCACGUUGCUGACAUUCUUAUGCCAGCGAUUCCCAAACGUGUCCACAUUUUGCUCUUCACAGACCUGAGCCAGGCAUUCCCGGGAAGGAGAACAGGAUACACGGCUCAGGUGCCCAGAAGGCGAAAAAGAACAAAAACAAAAACAAGGAUUUGCUUGGGGUUCUCGAAUACCGAAUGGGGAAGAUUUGUCUAAUGCCAGUCAGCACAUGCUGCAGUCAGCACACCAGACAUACGGCUGUUUACAGCUCAAUUACAGUGAGAAACUGAACACGUAUCCUAAUACGCUGGCAGGAUGGGUGGAGCGGGGCAAGUUAAAAUGUACAGACUAAGAAUAGAUUAAAAUACAAAACUUAUGCCUUCACCACUACAUUACUUGCAAAAUAUGUGACAUUUUAAGCAUCUACUACAAAAAUAUGUAAACACUAUUUAUGAAAGGAAAAACAAAAGCAAGAAAAGUCAAGACCACAAACAAAGGCAGAUCAGUUUUGUUUGUUAUAAGACAUUCCCUUUUUUAUGUCACCGGUUUGCUGGAAUAAGAUGUAAACACCGCUGCUGCCAACAGGAUGGCACACAGGAAGACUUGCGUAGACAAGAGCUUGACUACUGUUAAAGGGUGCGACUGCUGCAGCAGUGUCUCGACGGCAUCGUCAGAAUGGUGCUUGUAGCCACCACACAUUUUUAUCACUUGUAAUCAUUACCAGAAGUUUCCUGUAGGAUUAUAAUGGUAAGAGAAAAAACACUGUACCCAAGUUGUAAAAAUAGCCUUUUUAUCACUUCAUGAACUCUCCAAGGGCUAGUGUUUCCCUGGUGCUGCCAUCUGGACAGUUUCAAGAGUAAAAUCGUUUGGUAGCAUAGGAAAGUAAUACACAUGCAUUAGAAAUUACAGCCACCACACAGCAAAAAUGUGAACUCUACUGUCACAAAUCCCACCCACCGUCAUCUGAGAUGAUGCCACAUGAAACCACACCAUGCUCCAGUUGUGAGCAGUUGGUAAAUAACUGACAGACACAUCAAAACAUACACUGGCCCUGACAAAGUACUAUUUUUACUUUUUUUUUUUUUUUUUUUUUUUUUUUUUGGAGAAUAUUGAAAGGGGGGAAAAAUUUUAGAGAUUUUGAAAUAGCAGCAACAUUCUUUCUGCAACUUAAAGUACACCACAAUUCAGUUUUUCCACCUAAGGCAACAUACUCAUAUUGUACUGUAUAAUCAUUUCCCCAUUCAACUAUUCUUUGGAAUUUGUAUUACCUCUUGUGAAUUAAUCAUGUCCAACCCUAACAAAGGCAACACCCCCACCCCCCUUUAUUAUAUUACAUUUAUAUUAAUUUACAUGGCAUAUAUUACAUUUUAUUAUAAAUGAUGAAUUAAAAGCAAAAGGCAUUUGUUUUUCUUAAAAAGGUGCUUUAAUAUAACAUCAUAGUCUGGAAGAAAAUUUGCAACAAACCAUGAAUCAUAUCAGGUUGAAACAUACUGCAAACAUGCCACAGCAUAGCCCCUUGUGACUGGUUUCAAACUGCAGUGAGGAGUUGUUGACUACUUACCAAAAAAAAACAAAAAAACAUGUGGCUUUCUAAAUAACAAUACAGGAAGAGAAACAAGGUCAAAAUGAGAGGAUCCAAAGUGGACGUAAUGCUUUACGAUUCUAAACACAAUUUUGACACCACGAGUGGUCCAGUGUGGUGUCCAAGUAUUACCGGAAACCUCCUGGAAGAACAAAAACAACAUCCUUUACCAACACCAAGUGCUUCAAUUAAGACAGGCUGUUGAAAGGCUCCCUCCACAGAUUUCUCAGUCGUAUCAUGAAUGAUACGACUGAGAAAUCUGUGGAGGGAGUUAAUUACAGACAGUGAAAGACCAAUAAAACAAGAUAAAUCUAUAUUCCUGUAGCUUCUCAUAUUCUACACCGAGAAGACCAUGAUUAUCUAAAAAUGACAAGGUAUGAAACCAGAAA